GCCAAACAUUCUCGCCACUUGCGAAGUCGGACGCCGCCAGCAUAUCCAUGACCUGCAUCUGCAUUGGCCCUCUGUGCCUGCCCAUGGAGGCCGUCCUUCCGUUCCUCCUCGCGCUCCUCUACAAGGCGUGGGCGUGGCUCACAGGCAGCGCGGCGCCCCAAGUGACCGCCACCGCUUCGUGCUGCGCCGCCGAGCCCGGAAGCGCUGGCGCCGACGGCUCCCAAUUGCGCCAGCGCAAGGGCGUGAGCUCGAUUGUUGCGGUCCAUACACGUGCCGAGUGGGACGCGCUGCUGGCGUCGAGCCGCCCCGUGAUUGUCGACUUUACAGCCACGUGGUGCGGUCCGUGCAAGAAGAUUGCGCCCACCUUUGACGCGCUCAGCGAGCAGUACCCGUCGCUGAUGUUUUUCAAGAUCGAUGUCGAUGCGUGCGAUGACAUUGCCGCGACCUGCGGUGUCUCGGCCAUGCCAACGUUCCAUGUCUAUGUGUCGGGCCGCAAGCAGGACGAGCUCUGUGGCGCCAACCCGUCCAAGCUCACGGCGCUCGUUGAGCGCUACGCCGCCUCGUCGUCCGACUAGCAUGCGACGCUGUAGAGCUGCAUCAAGUAAACGCUAGCUGUAAUACGUAGUGCUCGUACGUGGAGUGCGUAUUUGACGCCUU